GGUGUCUGCCCCCGCCCGGAGCGGAGAGACCCCCCCUUCCCCGCCCAGCCCCAAGCUUCAAAAUUUCCGCAGCUAGCGCGCAGCGGAGGAACCAGCGCCCCAGAUCCGCUCCAGCCCCCCAGCCGCCUCUCCGGGCCCCCCAGCGAGGUGACCCCGCCAUGCCGAUCCAGCGCACCAAGUCCGUGGGCAACACGCAGGCCCUGACCUCACAGGUGGGCAUUGUCCGCCUGCUGGAGGUGCUCUUCGCCUGCGUCACCUUCAGCCUGGUGGUGCACGAGGGGGGCUGGCACAACCGUAAUGGAGACUGGUGCAUGUUUUGCUGGUGCUUCUGCUUCGCCGUGACGCUGCUGGUUCUGGUGGUGGAGUUCGUGGGGCUCCAGCACCGCAUGCCCGUCUCCUGGAAGAACUUCCCCAUCACCUUCGCCAUGUACGCCACCCUCAUGUGCCUUUCAGCCUCCGUCAUCUACCCGGUCACCCACAUCCAGAACGGCCGCACCACUGGCAAAACCAAGGACUACCGCAUCGCGGCCACCGUCUUCUCCUGCCUCACCUGCCUGGCCUACUCGGUGGAGGUGACCAUGACCCGGGCCAAGCCGGGUGAGGUGACGGGCUACAUGGCCACCGUGCCCGGGCUGCUGAAGGUGGUGGAGACCUUCGUGGCCUGCAUCAUCUUUGUCUUCAUCAGCGAGCCGGUCUCCUACGACCGCCAUGAGGCGCUGAAGUGGUGCCUGGCCGUCUACUGCAUCUGCUUCAUCCUCUCGCUGGUGGUCAUUGUGCUAUGCAUCGGGGAGUGCACCGGCUGGCUGCCCUGUGCCUUCAACAAGUUCCUAAGUGGCUACACGCUGCUGGCCGUGCUCAUGUACGCCACGGCCACCGUCAUCUGGCCCAUCUACAGCUUCGACCGCAAGCAGGGCGGUGAGCCGCGCCGGCCCUCCUUUUGCCAGAGCCACAACUUCUGCUACUGGGAUAAGUGGGUGGCCAUUGCUGUGCUGACGGCCAUCAACCUGCUGGUUUACCUGGCUGACCUGGUGUACUCUGCCCGGCUCAUCUUCAUCCAGGCCUAGUCGCCGGGGGCUGCUGGACCGGCUGAGUGCUGGGGACAAGGGCUGGUCUCCCAGCGGGUUCUCUGGAUUUCAUCCGUCUGUUUUGCCCCUCAUUCAUUUAUUUAUUCUUUUCUUUUCUUUUUCUUUAUCCUUUUUCUUUCAUUUAUUGUCUUUAUCUUUCUUUCUUUUUUCUUUAUCCUUCUCUCUUUGAUGCUUUCUUUCUUUUUCUUUCUUUUGUACUUUUCCUUUCUCAUAAUUAUUCAUUUUUUGUCUAUUUCAUUUACUGUCUUUAUAUUUCCUUGAUUCUUUUCCUUUAUCCCUCUUAUUCUUUCUUAUUUCUUUGCUCUCUUUUCUUUCAUUUCCUCUCAUUAAUUCAUUUAUUCUUUCCUGUCAUGUAUUUAUUUGUUUAUUUUCUUUCUCUCUCUUUCGAUCGUUCUCAUUUAUUCCUUCUUUUCUUGGAGCUCUCUCUCUCACUUUCUUUUCUUUCUCUUGGUCUUUUGUUCUUUUUCUCUCAUUCAUUUUCUCACUUUCAUUCUUUUUCCUUCUUCUUUUCUCCCCCCUCUCCUCCUCUCCAGCAUUGCCCGUCCUGGCAUACCCACUCCCUUGUAAUAAGUGUUAUCCUUUUUGCCUUAGCCUGGCCCUCUGAGAAGCCCGUUGGCUCCCCUCCACAGUGGCUGGGGGGCGGGAGUGGGGGAGGAAUCAUGGGUAAUCACCGGCCAUUCUAUGCCUUUUAUCCAGCGGGAGCUGCAGCAGAUGAAAGAUCGGUGGCCUGACCAGCAGGGCCCAGUGGGUGCCGGAGCCUUUAAACCCAGCACCUCCAAUCCCAGCAGAAGUAGGGGGAGAAACAGUGGGGAGGGUGGGAAAGAGGUGACGACUCCCCUUUAAUGGAAAUAUUUGUCUGGAGGUUAAAAAUGCUUGCCUGCCAGAGUCUUAAAGGUAAUGGGUGCACUCUGGCACCUUCCUAAGAAAAAGCCACCAGUGGUUAAACAGCACACAGCCUUUAAUGAAAAUAUUUGUCUGGAGGUCAGAAAUUCUUGCCUGCUGGAGUCUUAAAGGUAAAUCACCGAAUCAGCCCUCUAGCUGGAAAUUAAAAAAAAACAAACACAAAAACCCCCCCCCAUUUGCUUGGUUCUUGAAUAUUUAUCCAGGGGUUUUAAAUAGUCCUGCCGGCCAUUAUCUUAAAGGUGAUGUUGCCGGAUCUGUGCCUCACAGUGCUAGAAUGUAGUUAGCUGCUUACAUCGGUCCAGUCUCUCUCUUUGUAUCGUUCAUCUGGGUUUUUUUAUACAUCUAUUUUUUACACUGGUAUAAACGCAGACAAAAAGUAUUAUGGUCUUUGUUGCAAGUGUUUGUGUCACAAUUGACCUAGCAAAUUAUGGGGCGGGGGGGAGUUUAUAUACGUAUAAAUAUAUAGAGAGAAAACGGGAGGUAACAAUAAAUGACUGAAAGGUA